AUGUGGCUAAGAUUCGUGACGUUGUUCGUUGUGUCCAUAAACGCUGAAAUCAGGAGCAGUUUAAUUAUUAACAAGCUUGGACAAGUGAAACCAGUGGGAGGUAUGAUAAGCAAAAGUUUUGUACCACUUACGGAGUUGCCACCACCAAAAAUUCAUCAUCGAUCAGGAAGACGUCACUUAGCAGAUGAAUGUACUGAAGCACCGAAGUGGAAAGAGGUGCACGAAGGAGGAAAGGUUGACAUAUUCGGUGAUUAUUAUGAUGAUAAAGUCGCUAAAACUAUGGCAACUGUUAUCAUACCUGAUCACAUUGACUAUAAACACUUCCAAGUAACCACACAAAUGCCGUACUUCACCGUUGGUCCAAUAGACGCUAUCGGCUAUCACCCAAGUACAUUGAAGAGUGAUCAUCCCAGCGAAUGUGAAAAGAUCUAUCAGGAUCACAUAGCUGAUCAAUACUCGGACGAGACCACAGACUAUUCUGAAGAGUCCUUGGAGAUGGCCAGGAUGCCACUGUUUGCUCGAGAAUUUCACGAAUCAAUAGAGGAUCGUUUCGCGGAAAUGUACGAUGAUUUCCGGUAG